AUGAAGAUAUACUACAUGGGUGUUUUCCGCAGUGCUGGGGAGAAGGCGCUGGAGCUGACGGAGGUGAAAGAUCUUUCGCAGUUUGGGUUCUUUGAGAGGAGCUCGGUGGGCCAGUUCAUGACGUUCUUUGCCGAGACGGUUGCGUCGAGGACUAACCCAGGACAGAGACAGAGUGUGGAGGAAGGGAACUACGUGGGGCAUGUUUACUGCAGAACCGAAGGGAUUUGUGGUGUUCUCAUCACGGACAAAGAGUACCCGGUGAGACCGGCGUAUACGUUGUUGAACAAAGUGCUGGACGAGUACCUUGUAGCACACCCACCUGCCGACUGGGAGAACAUCACCGAGACGAACGACUCUCUGAAAAUGAGCGAGUUGCAGACGUAUAUUAGCAAAUACCAGGACCCAUCGCAAGCCGAUGCGAUCAUGAAGGUUCAGCAGGAGCUGGACGAUACGAAGAUCGUACUACACAAGACUAUCGAGAACGUGCUACAAAGAGGAGAGAAACUGGAUAACCUAGUGGACAAAUCAGAGUCCCUGACGGCGAGUUCCAAGAUGUUCUACAAGCAGGCCAAGAAGACUAAUUCUUGCUGUGUCAUCGUUUGA